CACCGUGGAAAAAGUGUACCACUAUAAAAACGGCCGUGUCGACUGGGUAAAGUCAUCAGUCGAUUCUCGAUUCUCCUACCAAAAGCUUCACCAACAAACAUGCAGGUCCAAACUAUCGUCGCCCUUGUUUCGUUGGCUGUCGUUAUGACAGUCGGACAGGAACAGUACGCCGGCAAUGCCGCCAAGUCAUCCUACGAACAACAACAGUACGCUCCUAUGCCGCACUCGUUUGCCUGGGAAGUGAAGGACGAGCCGAGCAAGAACGACUACUCGCACCAACAGGAAAGCGACGGCAAAGUCACGACCGGAUCCUACCGCGUUGCCUUGCCCGAUGGUCGCAUCCAAAUCGUCACCUACAGAGCCGACCAAAACGGAUACGUCGCUGAAGUCAAAUACGAAGGAGAGGCCCAAUAUCCCGCACCUUCUUCAAACAACAACAAACCAUCAGCGAGUUAUCCGACCGAACAGGCCAAACCAUACCCAAGUGCUUAAAUAAUCCGAACACUCGACAAUCUGCACAGGAACAUAAUGAACCUAUGCGUUUUCUCCGAUCCCUAAAUGCCUCAUUGGUUGUAUAAGUUUGUAACUAAAUGUUUUGUAAUAUAUGAAAGUAAUGUAAAACGUUAAAA